AUCCCUACCAGACACUUCACGGCUCGUUGUUAUUAUUAUUAAUUUUAUGGCGAUACCCCGUACUUAAUGAACACCGCACUCAAUUCCGGUGGCGGCAAGCGGCAGCUGCGCUUCCGUGGCGACGUUAACACCAGCAGCCGGGUGGAGGAACUGCAUCAUCAUCAUCACCACCACAACGAUGAGAUCAAGCAAAAGCAGCUCACCCAGGAUGACGUUGCAGCGACGCCGACGGCAGCGGCGACGGCGGCGCAGCAGCGACUUCAGAACGGAAACACAGAGACUUGCACCAACACCUUCUACGACUUCUUCAAGGUGGAAAUGACCCGUGGCUAUAUGCUGGAACAUGACGAGGAGCGAUAUUCGGCUCGUCGACAGAAGAUCUAUAGCUUCAUGCGCAUACCGCGCGACUUGGAGCGGUUCAUGGUCUACGGGAUCAUGCAGUGCGCCGACUCCUUCCUUUACAUACACACAUUUCUGCCCGUCCGAUUUCUGAUGGCCAUUUGGGCCUUGGUGUCCCGUACGGUGGCGAGGAUUUUCCGGCUUCGGAGCAGCGGUCAAAGGCUUCUGUAUCCGGCGGAAAUCUGCGAUCUGCUCAAGGGCGUCAUCUGGAUGACGGUGACGCUUAUCAUGCUACUGGUGGACACGAACCGGGUGUACCACAUCAUCAAAUCGCAGUCGAUCAUCAAGCUGUACAUCUUCUACAAUAUGCUGGAGGUUGGCGAUCGGUUGUUGUCGGCCUUUGGCCAGGACACUAUCGAUUCACUCUUCUGGACGGCCACCGAGCCGAAGCAUUCCAAGCGCGAACACUUUGGCGUCCUCACGCACGUCCUAUUCACUUUGAUCUAUGUGUUGCUACACAGCGGGCUGAUCAUGUUCCAAGCAACCUGCUUAAAUGUGGCAGUAAACUCAAACAACAAGGGCCUGUUGACCAUCAUGAUAUCGAACAACUUUGUGGAGCUCAAGGGAUCCGUGUUCAAGAAGUUCGACAAGAACAACCUGUUCCAGCUGACCUGCAGUGAUGUUCGGGAGCGCUUCCACCUGUCCGUGUUGCUGUUCAUCGUGGUAAUCCAGACUAUGAAGGAGUUUGAUUGGAGCAUCACCCAGUUCUGUGUGAUGCUGCCCGACUGUUUCGCAGUGCUCUUUACAGAGAUUCUCAUUGAUUGGGUGAAGCAUGCUUUUAUCACGAGAUUCAAUGAGCUGCCAGAGAACAUUUACCGGGAGUACACAACCAGUUUGGCCUACGACAUGACCCAGACGCGGCAGAAGCAUGCCUUUUCGGAUCACUCCGACUUAGUGGCUCGCCGCAUGGGUUUCAUACCGUUUCCCCUGGCGGUGGUCUUGAUUAAAGCCAUAUAUACGGCAGUGUCUUUCGAGAACCUGGCUGCCUGGCUGCUCUUCCUGCUGGCUUACUUAUUUGCCAUGGGCCUACGCAUUUGCCUGACCAUCUGUGCGCUGGGCAAGGCCUGCAAGCUGAUGAAGGAGCAUCAGACGGAGCGGAAUAGCUCCACGCCGAGUAGCAUGACCAAUGUGCCGCCAGUGGGCACCUCGGCGCCUGUCUCCUCCACCAUUUCGUUGGGCGGACAGAAUAACAAUAAUAAUAACAUCAGCAUUGGCAGCAAGCCAUCAGCCCAAGUGUCCACACUGCUGACCCCGCCCAGCGUCAGUGCCAAUCUCGACGUGAGCCAUAAUUUUUCGCGUGCCUCAAUCGCCUCCACGUCAACGCCAAAGAAGGCAAUUAGUGAGCAGGAGCUGGAUGUCACAAACUCGCUGGAACUCGGGGCCACGGCUCUCUUCUCUAACAGCGACGUCGAUUUGGAUGAUGUGUGCCUCAACGAGCAGGUGACUAACGUGACUAACGCAGCCUCCGCCGCCCAGGAGGUGUACCAGGAACAGGACCUGGUGCGCAGCCAGCCAGAUCUGAUGCUGCUCGAUAAUUCCGGCGGCAGUGAAGCAAGUCCCAAGAAGGUCUUGUCACAUCGGCUGCCGAAGCGAACGCACAAGCGAUCCGAGUCGGAACCCGGGAUACCCAGCCUGCUGGACAAGGGAGGUGCUUCCGGGCAUGCCGCGGGUGGCAAUCAAACGACACAACUAUAGCCAUAAAUCGAUGCUAAUUUAUUAUUUUAACCUUUGGUUUUUACCUUGUACGUAGUUGCGUUGCGUUUUUGAUAUUUCGUUUUUCGGUUCGUCUUGCUCCCUGUCACAUGAUUAGACUUACUUAAGUAUAAGCGAGAACGGAUUUAAAAUGUAUUUUAGUUGAUAGCUCAAGUUAGACGUUCUCUAGGAAACAACAAAAACCAAAACAGUGCCUGAAACUGCGGGUGUGUGUGCUCUUAAAACAAUUUCUGUAAGUUUAUUAAGUCUCUUUUGAGGGGUGUCACUACCACAUGGACUGUUACCGGAGCACUUGAAGAGUAAAAUAAAUAAAAUGUUUCCCAAAAAGCUUUAUUACUAUUAAAUUCCAUUUAAGAAUAAAGUGGGACUAGGCUACGAAGAUUUAAAUAAAAAUACAGCAAAAUUAUACAUUAGCUUAGUAAGUAAUACAUCUCUUAUUGAAUUUCCAAGCUACAGAUUGUUAACUGCUUUAAGGUAGUAUAUUGUGCUCUGAAGGGUAAGCUAUCUAGUUGUCAUAGAAUCAAAAUUCAUCAGAUUCGAUAUUGGUGAUAGCUCUAAUAAGCAACAGCAGCAGGACCUACAUGCUUCUUUUGCUCAUAGAGCCAUUAUGAUAAAGGUAACAGAAAACCUUAAAUUUCACUUACAAAAAAGACAAAAAAAAAAAAAAACACGAAGCAUUAGUCUUGACUUUGCAGCUUUUUUUCUGGAAACAGUCGAAUUUGUCCUUUAAUUUAGUUUUUUUUUUAAUAUUAAAAUGUAUGCCCUUUAGCUCAAUAAAGGCCGAAUUAUCAUUGUCCACAUAAACUUUAUAAACAUAUUUACUAAAUUAUGAUUUAAAAAGGC